CCCUUGUAACGCUCUUGCUCAUCACUGCUUUUAUUCACCGCGGCUUGGCAAAGAAAUACUCCCGAGGACGAGGUGGCGUGUCGUGGGGAAGCGGGGUUCAGGGGAAUGAAGAGAUGCCGAGGCACGAAAUAUGGAUCCGUAUGAGAAACAUCUUUCGAGCCACCUUGCUCUCGUCUCUGGUCUCAUCACCACCUGCGCUUUCGAGCUAUCGACGACUCUGUUUCCCUAUGAUGCCCUCAAAUUCCAGUUCUUCAACGCUCCCGGUAAUGUGACCUACCAAACCCAUUCACCAGUAAGCAAGAACAGUGCCUAGCUGUCCAGAAUCACUUAGAGGGCAUCGACUCGCGAAUCUACUUACGGGCCUUUUUCUCGCCAAAUUACCAAAGAUGGCACCUUCUUCUUCUACUGAGGGUUUCUUCCAAGAGCUUCCCUCCCUUCCCCCUCAAUUCACCUGUCCGGAUUGUCUUCCAUCGCAAUCUGCGAGCACAGCAAUAGCUGUUAAAACGUCAGACGAUCGAGUAUUCGCUCGGAUCCUUGCUCUCUACCUCCCUCCAAGCGCAUUCCCAGUCACUCAGCACCUUCACGAUUUCUCACGCCGUGUCCUGCAACCCUCAGUCCUCGUACACUCAGUUGAUGCUGAGACAAACCACCCAGUUCUUCGACCGUUGACUACAUUCGGAGAAGAAAAUAAGAACGACCCGCUUUGGACAACCGCGGGGUGGCAAGCGCUGAAGGAGAUUGGAUAUCGCGAGGGAGUCGUUGCUGUAGCGUAUGAGAAGGAGAACAAGGGCUGGAACCGGCGAAUCCAGGAAUUUGCGUUAGGCCAUGUCUGGACGCCUGCCGCGACUAUGACGGGCUGUCCCAUGUCUAUGACCGAUGGAGCCGCAACGUUGCUUUCACGCCAUCUCGACGAUCCAGAUACGGACCAGCCUGGCCGGGCAGAUGUCUUUCGCGAAGCAUACCGGAGGCUGAUAUCUCGAGAUCCGAAUUUUGCGUGGACCAGCGGGCAGUGGAUGACAGAGCGUACUGGUGGAAGUGAUGUCAGCGGCACCGAGACUUUUGCGAGAAAGCUUACAAGGGAGGAUAUGGCACAGAAAUCUGCACUUACGCAUGACCAUGAUUCAGUGGGGAUGCCCCUAGGACCUUGGCUUAUCGACGGUUUCAAAUGGUUCAGUAGCGCCACUGACUCUGAGAUGGCUGUGCUGCUCGCUCGGACCGCAAAAGGAGGGUUGAGUGCCUUCUAUGUGCCUAUGCGUCGAAAGAUCGGGCGUGCAAACCAAUCUGUGGAUAGUCCCGGCGAAGAAAUGCCCCGAACGGAACUCAACGGCAUUCGGAUCCAACGACUUAAGAAUAAACUCGGCACCAAAUCCCUCCCGACCGCCGAACUAGAACUUAAUGGUACUCGUGGUUGGCUCAUUGGCGAAGAAGGUAAAGGAGUUAAAGAGAUAUCCGCCAUCCUCAACAUUACCCGCCUCCACACAGCCGCAGGAUCUGUGGCAAACUGGGCUCGAGGACUAGCUGUAUGUCGUGCAUACACCAAAGUGCGGAAGGUUCGCGGCAGUCUUCUGCAAAACAACCCCCAGCACCUCCGGUGGAUGGCAGAUGAGACCGUAAAAUAUUGGGCUGGCGCACAUUUCGCUUUCUUUGGUGUGGCUCUCCAAGGCGCUAUGGAACAAGAUUGGAAUCAGAUGGUACGGAGUACCAAAGCUGAAAAGCUUAUCCCCGAAGACAAGGCGGUCGUUUCGACUCUACUACGGCUAUUGACGCCGGUCAUGAAAGCCCAAGUGAGUGUAUCAUCAGUCGACGGCCUACGCGAAUGUAUGGAAUGCAUAGGAGGUGUCGGAUACUGCGAAAAUAAUGAAGAUGGAGGACUGAUGAAUAUUGCAAAGACCUUCCGCGACAAUCUCGUAAAUCCGAUUUGGGAGGGAACUGUCAGCGUGAUGGCCGAAGACAUUGUUCGGGUCCUAAUCGAUAAACGUCUAGGUAAUGGGGACGUCCUGAAUAACGUCUUUGCUCCUUGGGUCCGGACAGUCCUGGCAACUUGUGAAGCGAAGUCCACUAGCAAGGAAGGCUCGAUGAUAUACGAUCGACUUGAAUCUCUGCUAACCCUGGUGCGAGGCGCUGGAAAAGACAAGCUCCUAUACUACGGCCGUGAGAUCUUAAAUCAUAUUGAAGCCAUCGUUUGUGCCUGCCUACUCGUUUACGAUUCCACUACAGAUGAGGACACCGUUGCUGCAGCAGUAGCAUCCCGAUGGAUCCGAUGCAGAUCUCCCGGAACCCGCGAGAGACGAACCGAGAACGCAGAUCUACGAAAGGAGGCUCUCCUCAACAAAGCCAUCUUUCUAGGCGCAGACGUGCUAAGAAAGCAAACGAUGGAGAAAUUGUGAAGCUGGCAAGUGGUAUUGAUGUAGAAUUAGAGAACGAGUACAGAACGGUUCUUUUGGUGCAUUUUCCAGCGGGUAGAUACAAGUUUCAGGCCCUCAGCUUGAGCUCCAGAUCAAGCCUGAGCCCUAUCUUCUUCUAUUAAACUCUCG